GUGAAAGGGACAAAAGCAGAUCGGCCAAAUAAAAGCAGAAGGUCCAGGGCAGGUUGCAGUCAGAGUCCAGCGGGCACCAUGAGGAGAGUUGGAAAGCAAGUGGGUCUCCUCCUGCUGUUCUGCCUGAUGAUCGCAAUCCAUCCAGGGUCACAGGACUCCUCCGUCCCAGAACUUAAGGCGCCGGAUUUGGAUGGCAAUGAGACAAUAUCCGUUGUGCGGGAAAGGCCACGGGGACUCCCUGGCAUUCCAGGAUCACAAGGGCCACAGGGACUCUCUGGCAUUCCAGGAGCCAAAGGUGAAAGAGGCUUGCAGGGAAUCCCCGGGGAAAUUGGAGCACCUGGGCCAAAAGGGGAAAAAGGAGACCCAGGACAACCUGGAGAGAAAGGUAAGAGUUUGAAAGGUGACCCAGGAGAAAUUGAUGAGAAGAAGCUGGAGAAGCUUCAGUGCAAGCGAGGUGCCCCAAACUGCAAAGAGCUCUUGAAAAGAGGGACGAUCCUGAGCGGCUGGUACACCAUCUACCCCCAGGACUGCCAGCCCCUGCAGGUGCUGUGCGACAUGGUCACCGACGGAGGCGGAUGGAUUGUCUUCCAAAGGCGUUCGGAUGGCUCUGUGGACUUUUUCCGUGACUGGGCUGCCUACAAGAAAGGAUUUGGAAACCAGCUGACCGAAUUCUGGCUGGGGAAUGACAACCUUCACCGCUUGACCUCGCUGGGAAAGAAUGAAUUGCGUGUCGACUUCACUGAUUUUGAAAAUCAGCAUUCCUUCGCCAAAUAUGCAUCCUUCCAGGUGGCGGCAGAAUCCGACUGGUAUCGGCUAACUCUGGGAGCCUUCAUAGGUGGCUCUGCAGGUGACUCCCUCUCCUUCCACAACAACAUGCCCUUCUCCACCAAGGAAAAACGGCAGGACCCCCAGAAGUUCAACUGCGCUGAGAAGUGCCAAGGGGCCUGGUGGUACCAUGAAUGCCACCACUCCAAUCUCAAUGGGAGAUACUGGCUGGGAAAACACAAGACUCGCGGGAACGGCAUCAACUGGGGUACUGGGAAAGGCCCGUACUACUCAUACAAGCGCUCCGAAAUGAAAAUCCGGCCUGUGGCUUAG